AUGAAUUCAUCAAAUAGUAGCUGUUUAGAUCCUUUGGACAGAUAUUCGGUUACUACAGAGGAAUUAUCGUCGAUACCGGAUUCCUGCGAUGGUCUUAAAGUUAACAAACGGCUCACGCUAAUCGAUACACUGGAAGCAUCGCACAUAAAAGAAUUGAAAAAAUACUUCUUCUUCGAUGACGAUUGCAGGAAAGGACACGCGCUAAACAAAAACGAUUUUGUCGCAGCCGUUUGUUCAAUAACCGGCAACGAAUUACUCGUCGUCGAAGCAGAGAAAUUUUUCGAAAAAGUAUGCGUCGAAGAUGAGAAAUCCAAAGGAGAUGUGUUGACGUGGAAACAAAUAUUAGACGAGAUUCGCCGCAGCACGUCGUUUCCUCGAGAUGCCAUCGAAGUCUUUUCCACGGACGAAAGCCACAUAUCGAUGCACUUGAUGUUGCAUUGUAGACACGAGCCCGUGGUCAAAGUGCUGAGCAUAGAAACGGAGGAGUUCUUUUGCUAUACGAUUUUUUCGCAAUUCGGUCAGGUGGGCAUCUACGACGGUCGGCUGAAAUUGCUCAGGGAAUAUGUGCUACAACUUUCGCAAUGUCCAGAAGAUUCGGCCAGGACUACCCGUCGACGUCGCAACACUUGGAUCAACGAUGCCGUUUACAUGUCCGAUGCCCAGUUCAUAGCCGUUGCAGCGUCUGAUGGAACUCUUCAUUUUAUCGACACCGUUUGCCUCGUGCACGUGCCCACGUUUUCCAUUAUGGGUUUAAAGAACACACCCACUUGUCUGGAAUACUGCCCCGGUAAUACAUCACUAUUGUUCAUCGGUGACGAUAAAGGAUGUAUCACUCACAUGGAGUUCAGGCAACCAAAGAGGUCGUUGUUCAAACGGGAUCCGACGAAUAAAGUGGACACGUAUUUGCUGAAAGAUUUGGAAUUCCAACAGGAGUGGGUAAAAAUCCACACGAGCGCUCAGCAGAUCCACCCAGACGGUAUAAUACACAUCACUUACUGUCAAUCGGACAACACCACUCUCAGUUGCUGCCAGAGCUCGAAGAAAUCGCUGGUCAUCAAACAAAUCCGUGACCGAUGGAAUCCUUAUAUAUUCAACAUAAGACGUGGAGUGCGGUGUUUCCAUUACAGCGAAAAGUCAAAAUUAUUGAUCACCGGAUGUUCUACAACGGUUUACGUUUGGAAUCCGGUAGUGACAAAAUUGUACUUGGCCAAAUUGAACGGACACAAGAAGGCGGUAGUAGACGUGAGAAUUCUGGAGCAUUCCAACGUAGCGAUCAGCAUAUCCAAAGACGAAAUAGUCAAAGUGUGGAGCAUGGGCAGUUACGAUUGUUUGCAAACGGUUCAGUUCGACUUUCCCGUUUACAACGUGCUGGGUAAAGCCGUGGAGUUUAGCGGUAAAAUUUUUUAUCCGGGGCCUGUCGUCAAACAACCGCCCGAAGAACAACAGGCCUCUCUGAAAUCCAUCGACGUCAGUAACAUAACCAACGUGUCUUCAAGCGACUACGUGCCCGUAGAAAACUGGGAUUCCGACACACUGCUGGUGGUGUGCUCUAACUAUGUAGCCACGCUAAAACAACAUUUCAAGGCAAUCCAGCGGCAUUCUCCUCUCCCACCUCCGCUGGAAGACAAAGAGCCGACUCUGCCCUCGGAAUGGAGUUUCAGCGACGCCGAUCGCAUUGAAAUCGACGAGGUGAACGAAGUGCGUUUAGAGUGUCCCCGGGUCGAGAACGACUCGAUCAGAGAGGCUCUAAUAGGUUCAAGACCUUUGUUGGACCACGCGGCUUUCGACUUGGACACGUAUAAAAGGGUUAUUGAUUCCGGGACCAAGACAAACGUGGAAAACAUGGUUAAAAACGGUACGCCUCAUUUGGCCAUGCACUUGUGUCCGGUAAACAAGUUGGAAUUGUCCGAGGGAUUUCGGCUAGGCGAGGUAAUUAAGAUUCAAUUUCCUUUUUUGGACCGGAUAGGCGACUUACUCAACGAUGGCGUUGUAUACGACGAUAAGGUCACAUGCCCGAUGGAGGAUUCAAAAACCGUUAGGAGGAUCGACGUGGAUGAACUUAUGGACGUAAUCAACAGGUUAGAACUAGACGACGAUGACGAUUUUGAAAAAAAUAUACACCAUUUAUUUUGAAUAUAUUAUGUAGCAAGUACAAGUAUUGAAGUACACACAUUGUUUGCUCUGUCAGCGUUCAUCCGUAAAACGGUCCGCCCCAAGGUCCGUCCCACGGUGCGCCUCCAGGUCCCCACGGUCCUUAAAAAAAAAAAAUAAAUUGAAGUGAGUUAAAAAGGUAGUUUUGA